CAUCUGACUGGAGAGACAGGACGCUUUCAUCAGAAGGGCUCUAGCUUUGAGCUAAUUACUAAUAUAUUGACGCAGAAGUCGUGCUUUCCCCUUAAAUUGCCCUACCUCUUAAUUACUGAGCUUCUUGCUCGCACAGCUCGGCCGGAGUAGAUGUAGAGGAGAGGCUGAAGGAAGUUUGUGGAAGUCAAAGGCGGCUGGAGGAUCCGUCCUGGUGCAAAGCCGUGAGCUGGAACAAGCUUUCCUGCCUGCAGUCCCUGGAGAUGAAGUUUCUGAUGGAACCUCUUGGUGUAUUCAGCUGGGCCGUGUGAAUAUUCCCUUUGUUCUGGACUCGCACAAACUCCAGCAGAGAAGCUGGGGGCGUUAGGCCACCACGUUGCCGAGUGACUGGAAAAGAAAAAUCAGUCUCUCCUGGCUGUAACUCUGCUGCCAGAAAGAGAAGGUGUUGAGGAGAACUUGAUUUUUCCUUCUGCGUUUCUGGAACGACGAUCAAAGGUUCCUUAAUGCUUCCCCGUUGUGAAGCCCCAGUGCUGACGUGAGGAGGCCUACUGAUGUUCUCAGGUGCAACAGCAUGCUCACGAAGACUUGCUGCAGCCUCCAGACAUGAGGACUUCCAGUCUUCAGGUCACUUCGUCGUGGAGAUAACCAGACCUUCCUCAGGGCAUCGCAAGAACCUGUCUGGCACAGACCAUUCCGUGAACACAAGGAGCUGGCCAGGAUGUGGGGCGUAGCUGUAUCCUUGUGUCUAUUGCCGGGAAAAAUGUCAUGCUCGACUGUGGGAUGCACAUGGGCUACAACGAUGAUAGACGCUUCCCUGACUUCUCCUACAUCACUCAGAAUGGGAGGCUGACGGACUUCCUGGACUGCGUGAUCAUCAGCCACUUUCAUCUAGACCAUUGUGGAGCUUUACCCUAUUUCAGUGAAAUGGUCGGUUACGAUGGGCCCAUUUACAUGACGCAUCCCACCAAGGCCAUCUGCCCCAUUCUCCUGGAGGACUACAGGAAAAUCACAGUGGAUAAGAAAGGGGAAACAAACUUCUUCACCUCCCAGAUGAUCAAAGACUGUAUGAAAAAAGUGGUUGCUGUGCACCUUCACCAGACGGUUCAGGUGGACGAGGAGCUGGAGAUCAAGGCGUACUACGCAGGCCACGUGCUGGGAGCAGCCAUGUUCCAGAUAAAGGUUGGAUGCGAGUCGGUCGUGUACACGGGUGAUUAUAACAUGACACCAGACAGACAUUUGGGUGCUGCCUGGAUUGAUAAAUGUCGCCCAGAUUUAUUAAUCACUGAAUCCACGUACGCCACAACCAUCAGAGAUUCCAAACGCUGCAGAGAAAGAGACUUCUUGAAGAAAGUCCAUGAGACUGUAGAAAGAGGAGGGAAGGUUCUUAUCCCAGUUUUUGCCCUUGGACGUGCCCAGGAACUCUGCAUUUUAUUGGAAACUUUCUGGGAAAGAAUGAACUUGAAGGCUCCAAUUUAUUUUUCCACGGGUCUGACGGAGAAGGCCAACCAUUAUUACAAGCUCUUCAUCACCUGGACUAAUCAGAAAAUCCGGAAAACAUUUGUGCAGAGGAACAUGUUUGAAUUCAAGCACAUCAAAGCAUUUGAUCGGGCCUUUGCAGACAACCCGGGGCCUAUGGUUGUGUUUGCAACCCCCGGUAUGCUUCACGCAGGACAGUCCCUUCAGAUCUUCAGGAAAUGGGCAGGGAAUGAAAAGAAUAUGGUCAUCAUGCCCGGCUAUUGCGUGCAGGGAACCGUAGGCCACAAGAUCCUAAGUGGACAGCGCAAGCUGGAGAUGGAAGGAAGACAAAUACUGGAAGUAAAGAUGCAGGUGGAGUACAUGUCCUUCAGCGCCCACGCGGACGCCAAGGGAAUAAUGCAGCUGAUUCGCCAGGCUGAGCCACGGAACGUUCUCCUGGUCCACGGUGAAGCCAAGAAAAUGGAGUUUCUGAAACAGAAAAUAGAACAGGAAUUUCAUGUCAACUGCUACAUGCCUGCAAACGGAGAGACCACCACGAUAUUCACCAACCCCAGCAUUCCCGUGGACAUAUCCCUGGGACUGCUGAAGAGAGAAACAGCCAUAGGUCUCUUACCAGAUGCCAAGAAGCCCAAGCUAAUGCACGGGACAUUAAUGAUGAAGGAUAAUAGCUUCCGUCUGGUUUCUUCUGAGCAGGCUUUGAAGGAACUGGGCCUCACAGAACAUCAGCUGCGUUUCACCUGCCGUGUUCACAUUCAGGAUCCACGGAAAGAACACGAGACAGUGCUUCGUGUCUAUAACCAUCUCAAAGGGGUGCUAAAGGACUAUUCAGUGCAGCAUCUCCCUGAUGGCUCCAUAACAGUGGAAUCCAUUCUUAUCCAAGCCACAGCACACUCAGAGGACCAAGGAACCAAAGUUCUGCUCGUAUCCUGGACCUACCAGGACGAAGAGCUGGGCAGCUAUCUCACAUCCCUUCUGAAGAAAGGGCUGCCACAGAGCACGGCCUGAGCAGAGCAGGAGGCACAGUGGCACAGAAAGAUUCAGAGUUUAUUUUAUUUACACAGUCAAUGUUUUCUUCUGGUUUUAAUAAAGGAAUUGCAGUGUUUGCCUCCUUAUGACAGCGGCACUGUUCAACAG